GUAAAUAUUUAGCCCAACUUCUAAACCAUGCCUUUGAGAAAGAUGAUAGAUACACUAGAAAUUCCUUUGAGUUAGUUGAAUAUUUAAAAACAGUUACAAUUCCGGACCGAUACAUACUAAUUUCACUAGAUGUAGUCUCACUCUAUACAAAUGUUCCACUUGACCUGGCGAUAACAAUAAUCGAAAAAAAAUGGGGGAAAAUUGAGCCUCAUACAACUCUAUCAGUUGAAGAAUUUUUACAACUGUUCACGUUUUGCAUCGAAAAUAGUUAUUUUAUGUUUAAUGAUGCAUUUUUCGGGCAAAUAUUUGGAUUGGGUAUGGGAAAUAAUCUGGCACCGGUAACAUCUGACAUAGUAAUGGUGGAAGUUCAGAAUUUGGCUAUUGAUAAGUUGAGUUUUGGGAUACCAUUUUUUAAAAGAUAUGUUGAUGACAUUAUCACGUCAAUACCUUUCGAUAAAAAGGAUGAAAUCUUAGCAGCAUUCAAUAGCAUUCAUCCCCGCUUGAAAUUCACUAUUGAAAUAGAAUCACAUAAUAACUCACUACCUUUUCUAGAUACUUUAUUGAUCAGACGAGAUAAUAGAAUAAUUACAGAUUGGUACCAAAAACCAACGUUUUCCGGGAGAAUACUCAAUUUUAAUUCAAAACACCAUAUGGCACAAAAAAUUAACAUAAUUAAUAAUUUGAAACAUAGAGCUCUCAAACUUUCUGAUAAUGAAUUUCACGAAAAAAACAUCAUUAAAAUACAAACAAUUCUAGAAAAAAAUAACUAUCCUACAAAAUUCAUAAAAAAAAUUCUGAACAAAAGCGAACCUGAGCACCACAGACCACAGGAAGAAAAAGAAAACCAAAAAUAUUUCAGUUUAACUUACGUUGAAAAUUUAGGAGAGCAAAUUAAAAAUAUAUUCACCAGAUUAAACGUAAAUAUUGCCUUCAAAUCUGACAAUACUAUAAAACAAUUUUUCACAAAAACCAAAAGUGCAAGAAUUUCAGAACACAAAAGAGACUCACUCAACAUCCUUAAUCCUUUGAAAAACAAAAAGGAAAACAAUACGGCACUCGCGGAGCAUGUAGGAAGUCUUCUUCAUUCCUUUAAUUUCGAUCCUGGGUCAGUAAAAAUAUUGGGUAGGCAAACAAAUUUAAAAAAGCGGUUAUUAGAUGAAAUGAUAUCCAUAAAACAAGACGAAAAUUCCAUUAACAAAAGAAACGAUAUAGAAAAGUUAAAUACCGCAUAUUAUUAUUUAAUUGGAAAAAUAAAGAAUAAAUAGAAGCUUGUUGUCCAACCCUAGUGUGUAAAUUGCCAUAAUUGUCCGCGCAUACUCCAGAAACAUCUAACUUGAUAAUUUAACACCAUCACAUCAGUCUUUUCAAAGAUUUAGAUGCGAGCAGUAAUUUAUUCUCUUUAAUUUUAAUUUAUGACAUCGAAAUUUAUGACAACAGAACCACAAAAGGUGAAAAUGUAAGUUAAAAGUUCUCACAAUUUUUCCGAACCCUUUUCCUCAUUUAUAAUAGUAUAUGUGUGUGUAUGUAUUUUGAAAAUAAUUUUUUUUAAAUAGGGUUUUGAUUUUUAAUUGUAAGUUUCGAACAUCCGAAAUUAUUGUAGUUUUGUUGUACCAUUUCAGAGCCCUGAUGAAGAUUUUAUAAUAAAGUCGAAACUAGUUGGCCUUUUUUCCAAAACCUGGUUUUCUGAAUAAUUCGUCGACCUAGAAACCUGUCAAAAAUCACCUGAAUUCGUACUCAUAGGUCUCAUCA